AUGUCUGUACGGCUAACGGUCAGCGUAUUUUACAGAAAUGGUACGGCGUUGUUGCGCUUCAACCGUACCAAUGACAUCAGAUUGCUGGUGCGCACCAAGGUGGCACCGCGAAGCGUUCACACCCAAGCGCUGAAUCCCAUUGUCAGCCACAAUAGUUCACCGAGUUCCGGCUGGCAGAACCGAUGGAACCUCGCCAGGAGAGCGUUCGUCGACAACCUGCUGAGCCGGGUAACCAACUCGCUGUCAGCAGAUUUGCGAAGGCGUACGGCCAGGCAUCUCAUGUAUGGUAACUCAAGACCGUUUUUCGCACUAGUUGGAGUAAGUCUAGCUUCUGGUAAUGGUAUGUUAACCAAUGAAAAUCAGUUGGAAGGCGUUUGUUGGGAAAUUCGAGAAGCAGUUGGCCGUAUGCAAAAGAACCUUACAGUUGCUGAACGCCUGAAAUUAAAUUCAUCUUUGGGUUUGAAGCAGUUUGAAUUAGGAUCUGUCAUUGCUAAGGGAAAUAAUGCUGUUGUAUACGAAGCAAGAAAAAUUGAAAAGGACAGAGACCCAAGUGACGAAAUCUUAAAGCAAGGGUCAUCAAAUACAAUGUAUCCUUUGGCUGUCAAAAUGAUGUUUAAUUAUGAUGCUGAAAGUAAUGCUAUGUCAAUAUUACGUGCCAUGAGUAGAGAAACGGUUCCAUCUCGUAGUGUACAACAAAAUUUUUCUAGAUCAGAUCAGCAAUGGCUCAUUGGUUAUGAUCAAAAUUUAAUUAAAUUAUCACCACAUCCAAACAUUGUUAUGAUGCAUUUGUGCUUUGCGGAUUAUGUGCCAGAGUUGAUUGAUUCGCAUACAUUAUAUCCUCAAGCUUUACCAACUAGAAUAAAUCCAGAAGGGUAUGGUCGGAACAUGAGUUUAUUUCUGGUGAUGAAAAAGUAUGACAUGAGUUUGAAACAAUAUUUAUCUAAAAAUCCAUCACUGAAAAUUAGAGAUAAAAUUCUUCUGCUCGCUCAAUUAUUGGAAGGUGUUUCUCAUUUGUCUAAUCAAAACGUGGCACAUAGGGAUAUGAAGACUGAUAAUAUCUUAUUAGAUGUAUCUGAAGGUAAUGAUGUAUGUCCUGCAUUAGCCAUUACAGAUUUUGGGUGUUGUCUUGCUGACAAGGAUAAUGGACUUAAUCUUCCAUAUAAAACUGCUGACACUGAUCGUGGAGGAAAUAUAGCGUUGAUGGCACCAGAAGUUGUCACUGCUCGACCAGGAACAUUUGGACAUAUAGAUUAUUCAAAAGCAGAUGUAUGGGCUGUUGGUGCAAUGGCAUAUGAAAUAUUUUCUGAUAGUAAUCCAUUUUAUAGUUAUGAAAGAGGUAAACCUCCAUUGUUGCGCAAUUCUACUUACAAGGAAGAAGAUCUUCCUGCAUUUAGUAGUGACAUACCAUUAAUUAUACAAACAUUAAUUCACUCACUAUUGCAAAGAUCAACAUCUAAGAGAUUAGAUGCAUCAUUUGCUGCUACAGUUUGUCAGAUAUAUCUAUGGGCACCAUCGUCAUGGAUUACAAAAUAUGUAAUGCCAACUAGUAACGAGGUGCUGCAAUGGAUGUUGUGUUUAACGACCAAGGUGUUAUGUGAAGGAGGAACAAUGAUGUCAACUUCAAGCACUAAACAACGUACCUGUACAGAAUAUCAAUUGAUCACUACAUUUUUACAUAGAGCAAAAUUGUAUGAAAUAAAAAAUGCGUUAUAUUGGAUGCAUUCAAUACAACAAGAAUAA